GAAGCAGGUCAGUUUGAACAGAAGGGGGAAGAUAAUUCUGGAAGCGGAGAUAACAAGUGAAUGAAUUCCAGGCUUUGAGCUGCUGCGAUUUGAAAACGUGCUACAUGGAUCAGAAAGAUGAUAAAGACGCGACUCUCGGCAAUGAAGCAUUUCAGUACAGAAUGGGUCUCAACGACAACAAAGCCGGCAUGGAAGGAUUGGAUAAAGAAAAAAUCAAUAAGAUCAUAAUGGAUGUGACUAAAGGCUCAAGAUUUUAUGACAAUGAACUUAAAAAGGAUCAGCAAGUGAAUCAACGCAUUGAAAAAAUGAUGCAACAAAAAGCCAGACUGACCAGCCAGCAAAUCAAGAAAGCCCAGGCCCAGAUGGACAGACUUGUAUUGGAAUUUGAGAAGAGGCGAGAUUUAAACCGUGUUAUCGUGCAUAUUGACAUGGACGCGUUUUAUGCUGCUGUAGAAAUGCGAGACAACCCGGAACUGAAAGACAAGCCGAUGGCUGUGGGAUCCAUGAGCAUGCUGUCCACAUCAAACUAUCUUGCACGAAGGUUUGGUGUACGUGCUGCUAUGCCAGGAUUCAUUGCCAAGAAACUGUGUCCUAAUCUCACCAUUGUUCCGACACAUUUUGACCAGUACCGUGCCGUAAGUUCAGAGAUUCGAGAAAUCCUUGCAGACUACGACCCUAAUUUUUUGCCCUUGAGCCUCGAUGAAGCCUACUUAGAUAUUACAGAUCAUCUAGAGGAAAGACUCAGCUGGCCUGAGGAAAAACGACGGCACGUUAUCACAGAUGAGAACGUCACGGAGGAGAGAACACUCGAAGGUGCUGAAACUGGGGAACAAGAACAGUGCCCGUCACCCGUGCUUUUCGAAGACAGCCCUUCCUUCCCUGCUGACCAGAACAGUACAGUUGCUACUCCGGACAAUGCCGAUAAGAACCAGCUGGUUAAAACGGUCAUCUUUGGCGUAUCCGCAGAGGAUGCUGUAGAGGAAAUGCGCUUUCGUAUUGAGCAGAAAACCAAACUGACUGCAAGCGCAGGCAUUGCUCCAAAUAUGUUGCUGGCCAAGGUUUGCAGCGAUAAGAACAAGCCUAAUGGGCAGUAUACCGUCCCCCCCGACAGGCAAGCCGUAAUGGAUUUCAUCCAAGAUUUGCCAAUUAGAAAGGUCCCUGGCAUUGGGAAGGUAACAGAGAAAAUGCUGAAAGCUCUGGGAGUCGUGACAUGUGCUGACCUUUACCAGCAGAGGGCACUGCUCUCUCUCCUCUUCUCAGAGACGGCCUGGCAGAACUUCCUCCACAUCGCUAUGGGUCUGGGGUCUACACACGUGGAAAAAGACGGAGAAAGGAAAAGUAUGAGCACUGAGAGAACCUUUAGUGAGAUACAUGUAGCAGAGGAACAAUUUGAUUUGUGCCAGCAGCUAUGCAAGGAUCUGGCGCAGGACCUCGGCAAAGAACGACUAAAGGGUAAAACAGUCACCCUGAAACUGAAGAAUGUCAACUUUGAAGUAAAAACCAGGGCCUGCACGGUUAACUCGGCAGUAUCUACGGAGGAAGAAAUCUUUUCUUUUGCAAAAGAAAUUCUGAAGGCAGAAAUAGAUUCAGUUGCUCCGGAACCUUUGCGCUUACGACUGAUGGGUGUAAGAGUUUCAGGAUUUCUUUCUGAAGACGAUAAAGGAUAUCAUCAGAAAAGUAUCAUUAGCUUCCUAUGUCCGAGUAAGUCCUCCAGCUCUACUUCUGGAGAAAGGCCAGCUAAGUCAAAUCAGGAGAUCACAGCCUCACUUCCACCCAGAGAGAGUUUCUUCAACCAGAAACGUGCGGCCAGAGAAAUCCAAGAACACAGUCCUUGUAAGCUUAAUAAUAGAGAGGAGAAGAUGCCAUGUGUAUCAUCUGAGGACAAAAGGAAGGAGGCCACGUUGGAAGAAAUGGGCAAAAAUGAAGAUCUCACAUGUCCAAUUUGCUUCAUGAAAGAAAGCAGUUGGGAUCUUGAAGGGUUGAAUAAGCACAUUGACAUAUGUUUGAGUAGGACUCCAGUGUCCAGUGUCAUCAAAAAAUUGGACAAAGAUGAAAAUAGCCCUUUUCUAAGGGGAAAACAUAAUGAUGGUGAUGAUGACUAUAGUUUAGAAGAUUUUCAGACUGUUGAUGUCCAUACAAAGAAUCUCGUAAACAAAAUUGUGGACAGAAGAACCUAUAGUGACUUGGACAAAGGUGUUUUUAAUGAGAUCCGAGCUUUAGAGGAAUUGGGUGAAGAAGUGCAAAUGGACUAUAAUCAUUGUGCCUUGCAUGAUACAAAUACAAAGGGUUACCACCAGAUGCCUUCCAAAAAUAUUUUAUUUAAAUGUGAAUCCAAUUUUAAAGAGCCUGUUAAUGAAACACCAUCGCAGCCAAGUACCUCUGUUUUACUGGAGAGCCCGGUAUUCAUCUGCCCAAUUUGUAAUUCAAAGCAAGAUAGCACAGACCUGGCAGCAUUUAACAGACAUGUAGACGUUUGCCUAAAUAGAGGCAUUCUGAAAGAGAUGUCAGUGGAAAUAAUUGAUGUGAAAAAGGAGUCACCCUUGACUAAUCACAAGCAGACUGACCACAUCAGAAAAGGAAACCGGAGUAAUAAGGCUACCAAGCAGAUGAAAAGGUCAGGGGUAUCGAACCAGAAUCCCAUGUCCAAGAAACCCAAAUCAAACUGCCCUACGAAGACAAUUGACAGAUUUUUUAAAUAGUACCUUUAUAUUGAGAGUUUCAGUCUGUCCCUGCUGCCAAUCACAAAAAAAAAUAACUAUGCUUCCAGUUCAGCUCUUUGGUCCAGGAUUUAAAAU